AUGUUUGUGUUUGUUGUUUUGUCUUUACUUACCGCGACAGUAACGCCCGAGACCUUGUACAAUAUUGUGACCGGUAUCAGGAAAGGAUCUCAGGGUAGGUUUGAGAGUACAGUAGGGUAAAUAGUUACAUGGGAAUAUGUUUAUGCUUUAAUAUAUGGUCAAUAUAGAUAUUAUUUUAAUUUUUCAUAAGUUAAUGUAGAAAUCGGACCAGCGGACAUCAUUGUAUAUGUAAAUUUACAUAUGUGGCUAAUGAUGAUGUGUUACAUCAAAGUAAUAUAUAAAAUGUUACAGAGCCAGGCCUAAUAAUAACAGCGUUAGAAGCGAAUGCAUCUGUAGAUACGAUGAUAGACACCAGCAUGAACGAUAUGACCUUGAGCGACCAAUGCCAUCAGAAAGUGGAGGUUGGCUAUGGUGAUAUGAAGAUGGACAGGUUUUACUACGACAAGAACGACGAUACUUGUGUUCCAUUCGUUUACAGUGGAAUGGGCGGCAAUUUCAACAACUUUGUGGAUGAAAACUCUUGUCGUAUCACUUGUAAAUUGAGUGAGUUUACUCGCUUUUACAUUAUAUCUUCGUAAAAACAUAAUACAUACCUAUAACUAUAUAUUACCAAAAUGUUGUAGUACAUACUGUACUAUAAUCUCCCUAAACAUAACUCAAAAACCUAUUUCAGACUACGACAAGAUAAACAAGUGCAAUAACCAUCCCGUGUCCUCAUGUAACAAAAAGUUACAGCCAUCCUCCGCCAACAUAUACUACUACGAUAGCAAGUCGGACGAGUGUAAUCAUACUGUAAUGUCAUCCUGUGAUGACGAAACUCAAUUCUUUGGAUCCAAGCAUGAAUGUGACCGAGAAUGUGUAAGUGUGAAGAAGAUACCAUGCUUAGAGUUGAUAAGUUGUAACAAAAGCUCAUGUCCAUUCAGUUGUGUGGAGAGGAAAGGUAAACAGUUUUGUUGUAAUCAACAACAUACCAAACUGUAAUUUUAGUACUGUUAGGUUGUUCAUUUAAUUAUGUGCCCCUUUCAAUGCAAAUUUUCGGGGUUAGGAGGUGCAGAAUUAUUUGAACAACCCAAUAUUCAAAUCUUGGUUGUUGCGUUAACAUAAAUCAAUUUAUUACUGUAAUAUCAUAAUAAAUAAAACAAUUGUAGUAUGUUUACAACAUACGUUAAACUCCUUCUUGUUACAUUAACUUUAAUGCUACGUUUAAUAAAGCCAAUAAAAGUAUAUCUUCUGUGAAACUAUAGGAUGUCAUUAUCGAUAACAUGUCACUAUAUACGUACUUAAGGCUGUAUACACACAAAAGACAAGAUUACAGCAACAAAAAACUACUUUAUAGACCUAAAAUCACAGAAAAACUACACUAACCUAAAGAAUUAUCAUAGAUAAUAUAAGAUAAUGGAGGCCUUCGGAGACCACAGCGAUCUCUGACAAAUUAAGUUUAAAGAGUAAUUGAUGGCCUCAAACUUGCUCAGACUUCUUAACAAUACUUUAGUCUAUUUAUAGCUAAACAUAAUAAUACUUUUACUAUAGUAAGGUAUGAAGGGCUAGUCUUCCAACAGAAAUGAACUUUUUUGGAAUUUCGACAUUUUCAAAAAAUUGUAACUCUUAUUAAAAAUAAAAUUAAAAUAUAAAGUUAAUGUACACCUUGUUAGGCAUUAUAUAAAAUACAACUUUAUUAUCCCAGGCUUUGUUUCAAAUUUCAAAAAAUUUCGAAAAAAAUCAAGCCUAAAGGUCGAUAAACAAAGCCUCCUUCUCAUAACAACAACAUAGACAAACAACUAGCUGCAACAAUAACAUCCCCCAUAAGUCAAGCAUCCCACUAACUGUGCCAUCGUCGUAUGUCCCAUUAAUUUUGUGUUCUUUGCAUUUGGAAUAAGAUGGGCCGAGUGUCAGUGGGAAGAUACGUCAAGACUGUAAUGUGCCAAAAGUUUAACAUAACAAAAAGGAUUAAUUCUCUGCUCAGGUGCCUCAGGGGGAUCAGUUCGAGAAGGCCUUCUUGGCCUUAACGACCUCUGCGAUUGCUUUUGAUUUUUCUUUUUUUCUCACUCUCGAGGAACGGCAGUCGAGAGUGACGAGCACUACUUUUUUGCGGCACUAAUAUAAUGUCGCAAAUGGGUUGUAGUUGGCUAAUUAUUAUUGUAAUGGAUGUGUCUUGACGUGUUUUGUUGUUAUUUUGUUAAACUCAAGAUGUUUGUUAUAUUACAGUAGGCGUUUGACGUCAUUCGAAGUUUUGAAGUUUUAAACUUAAUAAAGUAGGCAGGAUAGAAUAUUUUGAUAUUUUAAUCAAUUUACUUUGUCAUAUUUUGUUUCUAUUUUUGGCUACACUAAUUGUUUGUUAUAUUGUAGUAGACGUGUCAAGAACAACUUUUUUAAUUCUGUACUUUUAAACUUUCCGAAAUUAAAAUUUUUCGAAAUUUUCUUAAUACUUUGUUGUUGCCAUGCCCUCAUUAUUACCACCCAAUAAACAUCUCCAACUCUCCAAAUGUCACCGUUAAUUGAACCCGCCCAAUUAAACGGCCGCUCUCUCGGCCCAAAAUCUGUGGCCAGAUAAAAGAGAUCGGGCCGUCCUUUUAUAGCGUUGAAAUUUAUGACAAAAUAUUUUAUGGUUACAUUCCAGGGGUUAUCCAUCCCAUGUCAUCAGAGGAAACGAGCCGAUGAGGUCGAACAUCAGAACAUGUUAUACAAGGUCCUCCACAAGUUGAAAUGGUUCUACACCGAGUACCGGCUGUCCCACUUUCUACCCUUCACCGUCCUCGUCACAUACACACUGAUCGGCGCUGCCAUGUUCAGACAUUUUGAGUUGCAGCCGGACGAGAUACGACGCAAAAACUAUCGAGAAUCAACGGAAUACGCGUUCAAUCAGGUAGGAUAACAUGAUUUGAUGCAUAAACCUUUAGGAAGUCUAAAGAACGUUAAAUUUAACUUACUUUGUGUUAAAAAUACCUCUUCUUUGCAUCCAAACACCUUAUUAUUUGAUUUUCCAAUAUUUAUUUUACAACGACGGAUUUUCUGAACAAAAUAUUCAAAAAUAGCGUCAUUUACGUUGAUGAACAGAAGAAUGCCAGGUUAUUUCUUUGAGAUAAACAAAACAUUUUUUUGUCCGAUCAAACAAAAUAAGUAAAUUAAUUAGAACAAGCCUAAUUUUGGAUGAAACACCAAAAAUAAUGAGUAAGUACAAUAUAAAUUUAGACACUAAUUAAUUUAGGUAAUAUCUAUUUUUAACUUGAUUUAUGAACUGAGCUGUCAAAAUAUAUUGUUUAUGGACAUGGUGAAAGUUAUAGAAUAGUUUUCGGAUGAUGUUAAGGUAGUCAUGACGUCAAUGAGGCUAUUUUCACCUGUUUGAGCUUUCUUUUAUGAUCCACGUCAAGUUUUUGUUGUUUUAUGUUAUGAUAAACAAUGGCUUUUCCAAUAGAUCAUCUUCUUCAAGAAACUGCUUUCGAAUUGUCUCAAGUUGAAGUUUUGAAUGUCUAACUUUAGUUACGAACCUUCAUUUUAACAUUAUAAUGUGAAAAUGAUCGUAAAAUCACAAUUUAAAACAAGUUUCACAUCAAAUCAUAUUGUUCACCUUAUACUUCAUGAUGUUCACCCCGUGUUUCAGAUCAUAAAACGAAUGACAGAGAUCCAAUGUGGCAAAGGCAACGGUACCUCAACAUUCCAGAGGCAGAUUCAGACGCGGGAGACGAAAGAAGCGCUGUUCUGGCUUAUCGACUACUUGAACAUCACGGAGGUGAUUGAAGAGCGGUGUGACACCAGCCCUUGGACCUGGAUGGGCUCCCUCUUCUACGCCGGCCAGCUUUACACCACCAUCGGUAUGUUUCAAAAGUUAUUUCUUGUGGCCCAUCUAUCACAACUUUUAUGAGUUAUUUCUUGUUUCGGGCCAAGGAAAUGUAACAAACACUCGGAAUUAUACUAUUACGGGCAUGGAUGAGAAGCAGAAUAAUAAUGUUAAAAAAAUUUUGUUUCAAAUUAGCAUAGAAUACACUGAUAUCUAUCUAAAAGUGUUAUCAACAAGUUUAAAAAUAUGUUUUUGAUAUAAGUUGAUAAAAAAUAUUGUUAACUAAUAAUUAACUUCAAGUUAAAAGUAACUUUAACUAUUCAAAAAAAUACUUAAAACCACAAACAGGGCCGGGCGGGGACUUUUGGUCUGGGGGCGGGGGUCCAAAAAAUCGGCACAGGUAGCUAGCUACCUGUGCCGAUUUUUUGCGAAAUUUUUUUUCCGAAAAUCCACAGGGGGGACCACGUUCAACUUUACCCCCCUCCCCCACCCCUCGCGCCCGGCCCUGACCACAAAACUUCAAAUCCCAACCUUUAAAUAACAAUUUUACUUCAAUUAUGCGUCUAAACUACGGUUUAAAAUUCAGGCUACGGAUUGCCAGCGGCGCAAUCGACCGGCGGCCGGGUGGCGACCAUGUUCUACAUUAUGAUCGGCAUCCCAGUGUUUUUGAUCAUCUUGAAAGAUGUGGGUAAGAUAUUGUCGCGAACGUUGCGGAAACUGUACAAAAGAAUGCGCUCGGCCAAGCAGAAGUUGCCGGACAGUGCGCGACGGAUGAGUGA